GACGGUCGAGCUCCCAAGACGACGGCACGGGGCGGGGCCUGCGCACGAGGGCAGAGCCGCGGCGACGCGGAGCAGGCGGGCGCGGAUGGCGACGGCGCACGGCGCCUGACUUGGCUGGGGCCAUGAGCUCUGCCCGGCCCCAGUUUAGCAUCGAUGACGCCUUCGAGCUGUCCCUGGAGGAUGCUGGCCCUGGGCCCGAAUCCAGCGGGGUCGCCCGCUUCGGGCCGCUGCACUUCGAGCGCCGGGCCCGGUUCGAGGUGGCUGACGAGGACAAGCAGUCCCGGCCGCGCUACCAGAACCUGGAGAACGAUGAGGACGGAGCCCCGGCCUCCCCGGAGCCAGACGGGGGAGUCAGCACCAGGGAUUCUGGCCGAACCUCCAUCCGCAGCUGGUCCUUUAGCACCAUCAGCAACACCACCCAGCGCUCCUACAAUGCCUGCUGCAGCUGGACUCAACACCCUUUAAUCCAGAAGAACCGCAGGGUAGUGCUGGCCUCCUUCGUGCUGUUGCUGCUGGGGCUGGUGCUGAUCCUGAUCGGCGUGGGACUGGAAGUGGCUCCCUCGCCAGGUGUCUCCAGCGCCAUCUUCUUCGUGCCUGGCUUCUUCUUCUUGGUCCCGGGAGUCUACCACGUGAUCUUCAUCUACUGCGCGGUCAAGGGCCACCGGGGCUUCCAGUUCUUCUAUUUGCCCUACUUCGAGAAGUGAGCCUCUGGCCGACGGCCAGGAUCCACGUCGUCCCCGGGUGACCAGUGCGUCCUCUUCGCGUCCCCAGGGUGCGCUCCUUGGUCCGAGCCUCUCCGGUUCCCGUAUCUCAACGGAAAAGUCCCUGCAGGACCUUCGAGCCCCCAGCCCCAUCGGGCGUUUGCUCUGGAAGUUUGGGGCGCGCGGGCCCCUCCCCCCGCCCCCCGGCCCACUGUCUGGGCCUGGGAAAGUCGCCCCUGGCCUGCUCUGUGUGUGCCUUAACUUAUUCUCAGGCCUCGAGGCUACUGGGUUGGUGGUGUUUUGUGCUAAUAAAAGGGGUACUUGUAUCCAGCAGA